AUGAGGAUUACCAUCAAUAAUGAAGCCACGGACGAAUUUUUGUCAUUGGACGUCAGCUCAGAUAUGAGUCUUGAGGAUCUCGUAGCCUUAUUGCAACUGGAUUGUGGAUUUGACAGCGGAAAACAUGAACUAUGGUUCGCGAACCAAGUCUUGAACCCUACAGAUACAAGAACAUUGGAACAGCUCGGAUUGGUCAAUGACGAGCUUAUAGUCAUAAAGGUAAAAAGUAACAGCUUGCCAGCUGCGAACAUACCUGAAGACGCCAUGGUGGAACAAUUCAGACAACAAGUAGUACAAAAUCCAGCUGUUCGUUCUCAAUUGACAAGCGCAAACCCUGGGUUUGCUAGCGUUAUUGAUGAUCCAGUUGCCUUCCGUGAAACUGUGGGGCCUUAUUUGCUUCAGAACAUGAAUGCCCACGGAGCCCAGCAAAACCCAUUUGGAAUUCCUCAACGAGAUUACGAGCAGUUGAUGCAAAAUCCUGACGACCCUGCCAAUCAAAAACGCAUCAGUGAGCUUAUCAGCCAGCAGGAAAUUGACGAGCAAAUGCGCAAUGCUUACGAAUUUACACCAGAGGUUUUUACGCCGGUGCACAUGCUAUACAUUAAUUUAGAGAUAAAUGGGACUCCCAUAAAAGCAUUCGUGGACUCUGGAGCACAAACAACUAUUAUGUCUACCAAAUUAGCAAAAAAAACAGACCUCUUUAGACUAAUCGACAAGCGCUUUCAAGGCGAGGCUCACGGUGUAGGAAUUCAAAAAAUCCUAGGUAAAAUCCACGUUGCCCAAGUGAAAAUCGAAACUCAACAUAUUCCAUGUAGCUUUACCGUUAUCGACACCCAUGUCGACAUGCUCCUUGGUUUAGACAUGCUGAAAAGGCACCAAGCGUGCAUCGACUUGAAGGACAACGUUUUAAAAAUUGCGGGAGUAGAAACCAAAUUUUUGAGUGAAGCGGAACUGCCCAAGGAUUUUGACGCCGAGACACUACAGGCCACAGCAGCGAGUAGAAGCAAUCCACAAGCUCCUUCUCAAACUUCUAAUCAGAACACCAAGGGUCCUGUUACAGCUAUCACUCCCGCUACUGCUCCCAAAAUAUCAGAACGUGAGUUCCCCGAUUCCACGAUCCUGCAGUUAAUGGACCUUGGCUUUUCUAAGCCGGAGGUAAUUCGUGCUCUGGAAUCAGCUAAGGGUAACGCUGAUGUCGCGGCUGCUUUACUGUUCCAGUAA